AUGAUUGGAACUGAAACUGCUGAAUCAAAUUAUGGUCAUAAUCAUUCCCAAAUGAAGGAAACUGAAAGCAUGCAGUUUGACUAUGAUGGGAAACAAUCUGUUCAGAUCGCUUUUCUUUUGACACAUAUUUUUAUGGCUUCAUCUAGGAUGGAGAUGUUGAUCAAUACCUUUCAGUUCAUAAAGAAUGAAGAUCUUGAAGAGUUGAAGGAACUGGGUUCUGGUACCUUUGGGACUGUUUAUCAUGGAAAAUGGCGGGGGACCGAUGUUGCCAUUAAAAGAAUCAAGAAAAGCUGCUUCACUGGUCGAUCAUCUGAACAAGAAAGACUGACUCUAGAGUUCUGGCGCGAAGCUGACAUACUUUCCAAACUUCAUCAUCCAAAUGUGGUGGCAUUUUAUGGUGUGGUUCAGGAUGGACCUGGUGGAACAAUGGCCACUGUUACUGAAUUCAUGGUGGAUGGUUCGCUUAGGCAUGUAUUACUUCGCAAGGAUAGGUAUCUUGAUCGUAGGAAGAGGCUGAUAAUUGCCAUGGAUGCUGCUUUUGGAAUGGAAUAUUUGCACUCAAAAAAUAUUGUGCAUUUUGACUUAAAAUGUGACAAUUUGCUUGUGAACAUGAAAGAUCCUUUACGGCCAAUCUGCAAGGUUGGAGAUUUUGGGUUGUCAAAAAUCAAAAGAAAUACCCUGGUAUCCGGUGGUGUGCGAGGAACCUUGCCAUGGAUGGCGCCAGAGCUGCUGAAUGGCAGCAGCAACAAAGUCUCAGAAAAGGUUGAUGUAUUCUCCUUUGGCAUAGUAUUAUGGGAGAUUCUAACGGGUGAGGAGCCGUAUGCCAAUAUGCACUAUGGUGCAAUUAUAGGUGGGAUAGUAAAUAACACAUUAAGGCCAACAAUCCCAAGUAAUUGUGAUUUGGAAUGGAGAACACUAAUGGAGCAAUGUUGGGCGCCGAAUCCUGCAGCCCGGCCGUCCUUCUCCGAAAUCACUCGUCGCUUGCGUGUAAUGUCAGCAGCAGCGAAUCAAUCCAAAGCACAAGGCCACAAAGCAGCUAAAUGAUUGUAAAAGAGAUACUCAUGCUGUUUUUCCUACCCCCUUAUAUAUAUAUAUAUAUAUAUAUAUAUAUGAUGGCCAUUGAUACUGUCAAAUUAAUUCAUUGAAUGAUACCCCAUGGAAGCAAUAUUUUACCAGGGGUGGUGAGAAUCUUGUAGGUUGUCUAUUUAUUUUCUUUCAUCUAAUUCUAUACUGAGCAAGUUUUUUGUUGCAUCUGUACUGCUGCAGAAUUGCAAAAUAGAAACUUUGGUUUCUAUUAUGGUUUCUGUUGUUGGUUUCUUUUUUCUCUUCCGUAGUUUUAAUCUGGCUUUGGUUUGAAGAUUGAUAAUGUUAGCUCCAAAACUGUUUCUAGUUUGAGUAGUGAUGAAAUUUGAUUCUCAAUUUCUCA